UUACGCUCCGUUUUCGUUCAUAUUUUCCUUGUUAACCGGUCAAAGAGGAAAUCGAACUAUAAUAUAUAUUUUGAAAAGAUAUUUAUCAUCCGAUAUGAACCCUAAACCAAUUGGACUGCCCAUUUGGGCGCCACUCUUCGUCCUGUUCCUGCUUUUCUUGGCCACCGUGUGGGGUAAGCCGUCGCUGACAGUGAAUCGCCAUGGUCUGCUGGAAAUGUACCACCAGCAGGUUCACGGAUUGGAAGUUGCCAAAAAGGAAGGUGAAUGCCGCAAAGAAGGAUUACUGAACUUGCACCACAAACGCAGCGAUCAGUCCAUUAAUCCUCUAAAAACAUUCCUUUCUUGGCCCGAAAGGCAACGAACGGAUGAGAAGUUAGCCAAAGGUGGCUGCAUUUGGGAGGAAGGCAAUGGCCAGGAGGAAAUGUCGAUUAACCAAGUGGAAGAUCCUCUUUUUGAGGAUAAAAUGGAACCACAUCUUACCAAGGAUGAGGACUUUGACCACAAACAGGAGUUUCUGGAUCACGAAUAUUUGCAACACUUUGAUCAGGAUCAGGACCAGGAUCAGGAUCAAGAACUGUUUGAUGAUUUUAAAGCCAGUAAAGCCGAGAUGGACAGCAGUCCGUUAAUGGAUUACAAACGAGAAUUUGCCAGCGAUGAGGCCAAUCCUUAUGUCGAAAGCCUUCAACAGCGUUACGAGCCCUUGCCAAAUCCCUAUUCGGAUUAAACCACAGUUCUAAUCAGUCCUAUAUAUUUUUUGUGCGAGUUACAAAGAGCAUUUAUCGAUCAAUUAAAGUAUCUUUCCGUUGAAGCAAAA